CCCUCUUCUUCACCACUUGGGAUGGAGAGCGGCGCCAUUCCUGAUGACCACAUCACGGCAUCUAGUGAGAAAACCGGGUAUGAAGCGUGGAGAGGCCGUCUGAAUAACGGCAAGGCGUGGGAGACAAACAACGUCACCACGGACCAGUGGCUACAGAUCGACCUCGGCAGUCAGGAGUUCAUCACAGGCGUCCAAACACAAGGCCUGUGGGGAGGGCACACCAAGUCUUACAAACUGAUGUAUUCUGAUGAUGGCACCUCGUGGCUGACUUAUGGUGACGGGCAGAAUGACACGAUAUUUGACGGCAACACUGAUGGUCCCACAGUAGUGGAGCAGACACUGUCCACUCCAAUCACCGCACAGUACAUCAGGAUAAACCCACAGACUUGGGAGGGUAGCAGCUUCAUACGGCUGCGAGUGGAGCUUCUUGGGUGUGACCUCAUGACAACGACGGCAGUUCCAUCCUCGGUACCAACAUCAGUAACAGAGCAGACCACCAUGUCCACGGCAACUCCCGAAAUACCAACAACAACUUCUAAUUCUACAACCACACAAGUAACGACCUCCAUGCCGUCUGACCAAUCAACAAGCCCCUCUCAGGAUCACGUGACGUCUAUGGAACCAACGGGUGGUAUGUCUGUUACCAUGGAAACAGAGACAGGCGCCGUGACAACGUCGGACGAUGAUCUUGUGAUGUCAACUAUGAUGUCAACUGAAGGACCGACCACAGAUGAGAUCGUCUCUACUAUUGUCAUGGAUACAAUCACAGAUGCACCGGACCAGAUGACCAACACACAAGCAACCGUGGAGGCCGGGCAAACUACGGUGGACCAUACAACUGAUGAAGUUAACACCUAUACAGAACAGACAACCGUGGAGCAAGUAACUCAUGAAGUUAGCACAGAAGAGACAACCGUGGAACACACAACUGAAGAAGUCAGCAUCCACACAGAACAGACAACCGUGGAACAGACAACUGAAGUUGCCACCUACACAGAACGGGCAACAAUGGAACACACAAGUACAACUGAGGAAGUCAGCAUCUACACAGAACAGGCAACUGUGGAACACACAACUGAAGAAGUCAGCACAGAACAGACAGCGGAACACACAACUGAGGAACUUAGUACAGAACAGACUACAGUGGAACACACAACCGAUGAAGCUAGCAUCUACACCGAACAGACGACACUAGAGAAGACAACUGAUGAAGUUAGCACCACCACCGUAGUCUUGGAAACAUCAUCGAUGAUGCAGACGACGGGAGAGGUCACAUCACAACACAUGUCCACAGCGCCAGUGGAGACGACAUCAUCAACUGCCCAUUCAUCAACAGCUGGAGCAUCUACAAGUCCUGAUGACGCCACAUCGCAACACAGCUCUAUGCCGCCAGUCAUUACGUCAUCACCGGCAACCUAUCAAUCAUCAACUGAUGACGUCACGACACAACAUAGUUCUACACCAUCAGCGAUGACAUCAGCAUCAACCGACCAGCAAUCUACUGCUUCGACUUCCACAACCCGUGGUAGUGCCACGACAGAUCGUACCCUCACCUCAGAAGCAACCACGACCUCAUCCACUGACCACCCGUCUACAACUGGUGCAACUGAGACCUUACUUUACUACGAGAUGACCUUGGUGUCGAUGACCUUCACGGAUGACCUGAAUGACCCUGAAUCGACCGCGUACCAAGAUCUUGCCGCGCAAGUCAUCUCACUGGUAACAUCAUAUCUGGAAACCGACGUCGACGUUGGCUCAGCCGUCACGUCAGUCACCAUCCUGGGCUUCAGAAGCGGCAGCGUCAUCGUCGACUACGUCAUCAGAACCGCAGCCAGCUCGGACGUGACGUCAUCACAGGUGCAGGAUGUCCUGGUCAGCGCCGCGGAGGCAGACACCAACAAUACACUGGGAGUGGACAUUUCGUCACUGUGCCAGAAGGACGACGCUGCUGGCAGCUGCAACACGCCACCUGAUGACGUCAUCAUUACCUACGCCAUCAUUGGUGGAGCAGCAGGAGCGACAGUCCUCAUCCUGUCCGUGUUCGUCAUCCUGCUGUGCUGUCUACGUGCGAACAGCAGGAAAGAUGAGAUCACGUUAAACAGCGACCUCCAGCUGAAUCUGAUGGAGACGCAGGGUGCAGAAAAGACCCUGCCUGACGAUCACGUCUAUGACAACUCCGUCGUGGUUACAGAAAAUGUCUAUGACAACAUUAAAGCGCCGGUGAACGGAUACUCAGCUGCCGAUUCAUCCUGAACUACAUGUACAUAGUGAGACAAAAUAUACACUUCUAUGAUUUUUGGAGGAUUGCAUUAAAUGUAUGGCAGUCAUCCAAAUAUGUGAAUUGAAGCUUAGAUGCUGUUUUACGCUGUCACGUCUUAUCUUUCUUCAGUAUUCAGUUAGUGGAUCUGUUAAGAUAUAACGUAGUCACAAGGGAGGAAAAGAAGCUGUAAUAUUCCUUAUUACAGUUUUGGUUAUUACAUUUGUAUCACGUUUUGACGCUUCAGAUGUGGAUACUGUUUGUUGGAAAUAUAAUAAGAAAAAGUAUUACGCAUCAUUCUGGACAAGAAGAAUUAAAUAAGAGACGUAAAGACAGUUUCAGUCUUUCAUUUAUGUAUUCAAUCAUUCAUUUAAUCACAAUAUAAUACGGCGUUACUUUCUGCUUAACACAGAAAUUUCUGAGAUAAAUGGUUUCAUCAACUUGACAAAAAAGCCAAUUAUGUCUGUAAUAUUGGCAGAUGACAAUUCGUUUCAGAUGGGCUUUACAUAGCUUUGAAGUUGAUUACAAUUCUUAUUGAAGAAUUAUAACUUAUCCCACGCAUUGUAUGUGGUUUGUAACGUGAAUAUCUCAU